AUGAGGCCAACUUUACUGCUCGUAGCGCUAUUCGUUGGCACGUCGAUUUCUCAGACGAUCACGUACACUGCCGAGAGCGUCAAGGCGAACACUUCAAAUGUAGCCAACCUAGCAGUCAGAAACAGGCUUGCGACUGACGUUCUUAGGAACAAGUACCAGUCUGUAGAUCUGACUCGGGAUUCUGCGGUUCAGGGCUCGACAAACCAGCCUAAUGGGCACAACCUCGACUCGAGUCUGCGGAAACUCGGCGCUCAGGCCCCUUCCAGCGAUGGGAGCAUCCGGGACAGGCUCAGGGGCUGGAGCACCGUAGUUGUCGUAGUCGUUGUCCUCACAUCCACGUUCGCCAUACUCAUGAUGACCCUGUUCAAACUCAUCGAGGGCAAGAUCGAGGACACUCAGGACCUUUUCCUCAAGAACGCCUUCAACAUGUGCUUCAGGCAAAUCGCACUAAUUGGGGUCAUAAACCUCGUACUGUGGCUCAUUCUACAGACCAGAAUUGCCACAAAGCUGGAUAACAUAAUAUUUAAGCAGAAUCGGAACCUGCCUCACCUGAAGAACAAUACCAACUCCAUCGUAGAGCCCAUUUUCGAGUGCCUUCUUUCCAUCUCGGUCAUUCUCCUCGCUUGGUACCUGGUCUACGUCGUCUACUUCCAGUUCAUCGUCAGGAGGACCAUCGCCUGGAUGCGCAAGACUGACAACUCCGACGUUCUCACCACUGCGAAGGAGGUCGAGUUUCUCGAGAAGAGCUUCUGCAACCGGCUCUGGAACCCGGGCGUUCUCAGGCGCGGCAAAUUUCUCGCCAACAGGUUCGAGUUUAUAGACAACAUAAACGCCAUGAGCCUUCCCAAGAACGACCCUGGCGGCUAUUACUUCAUGGAGUACCUGCGCGCCAACCUUCUUGACAUCUCCGUCCAAAUGCUCAGGUUCCCUAGGGCGGUUUUCGUUUUCGUCAUACUUUUUUCUGUCGUCCUACGGAACACUUUGAACUUCGAGGGAAUGAACGAGGUCAUGGUUCUAUCGGUUUUCAGCACGCUCUGUGCUCUUUCAAUGCUUCUGCUUCACAUUUACGUCUUCCUCAUUGAGGAUAAGCUAUAUCCUUCGAAGCUAUCUCAAUAUCUCAUUCUUAAGCACAACACCAACGACAUGGAAAUCUCCAAGUUUUUCAACCAGUCGCUUCUUCCUCCCUACAAACUUGCGCAACUCGAGGAUGAGCCGAACAACUUUUUAACCAAGCUUGUUCAUGGCGAUGCUCCCGUAAACAAGCAUGAGGACCUUUUCCUCUUCAAGUCCAAGGGGCCCAAGAUCCUCGUCAAGCUCUUCGAGCUCAUUUGCUUCAGCCUUAUGAUAAUUCUUGCCAUCUGGGUCUACCUAGUUCAGCAGCACCAGAACACCUGGCUUAUCCACUUCAGGUUUGGCAAUCCCAUAAUUCUGUGCAACCUGGGCGUUGUUGCCUUCCUCAUCCCAAAAAUCCUCUACUCGCUCAUUGUCGUCGGCAAAACUGGCCUUCUCAUAGAGCUCGACACUCUUGAGAAGGUUUGGGAGUCCAAUCGGUCCAACAACACCAGGCACGCCAUGGAGCUCAUUGACGCUCUCAAUCUUGACGCCGUCGAGACCUCGCUCAAGAGGAACGGCGACACCUACUGGCGUCACCUCCUCGCCAAGCUCAAAACCUCGCCUCUUGCCGUUCAGAAGCAGAUGAACGACAUCUGGUGCAGCCUUGACAGCAAGAAGAAGGGCGUUAUUGGAAUGACUAAAAUACUCAGGUUCAUGUCUUCCCAGGGCCUCCAAAUAACCAACAAGAAGAGAAUAAAGGAAUUCAUCAAGUCUUUUACGAGGACCAAGCCUUACACACUGACUGAGGAGGAGUUUUUGGUCCUAGGCUUAGUCGUUAAGCAGAUUAUCGUAAUUCCUCUCGACAUAUCGCAGAUGAAGAUCCUUUUUGAGCAAGUUUACGGGAUUCCAUGGACCUCCGCAUAUGGAAUCGAUUCCGACUCACUUCAAACAAUUAUUAAACAUCUUGGUUUAAAAUGGAAUGAGGGCGAUAGAAGACAUCUGCUUGAUUUCCUAAGCGGUGGUAGGUGUGAUGGAAUGUCUCCGGAGAAUUUCAUCGAGCAGCUGUCAACAGUUGAGUUAUUGCUAAAACCAAAUGAAUCCAACAGUUUUUCGUUGGAGGUGUAA